CUCCCGUCCCGUCACCCACUUCCUCCGACUUCGGGAAGACGUGGAAGUUACGUUGGCGCGAGACCCCGCGCAAAGAAUGAGCCGUACCCAACCCCCGGGUUUGGCUCUGCGACUGACGGCGGGGCUCCGCGGCGCCGGGAUGCGGGUGGGAGGUGGGAGCGGGCAGAUGGAGUCCUUUCUGCCCCUUCUCUGACUGUCAGCUGCCCGGCCGCCCGCGGAUCCCGGCUCCGGGGUCGGGCCGGCCCGUGUGUGCCUUUUUCGUGCCCGGGCGGAGGCAGCAGGCUCGGGAUCCUCCCGGUGCCUGCCCGGCAGAGUUCGGUUGCCCCGGGGAUGCGACUCCAGGGACAACUCUUUGGCGGAUGUUUCGAGGAGGACUGCGGGAGGGAGGUUGACUCCCCAUUCGGGGUGACACCGACCUCGCCCUAACUCCUCCUUCCCCCCACCCAGUCGGUCCCCCCCGGCGAGCAACUGGAAGGAAAUCGAUGGGGCCGGAGCGAGGCGUCCCGGGAUGGCCGGAGGGAGGUGAAAGUGGGGUGGCGAGGCAGGGAGGGAGAGCGAACGCCUUCGUGGAAUAGUGACGGGGGGCGGUAGUGGAAGGGGUACGUGGCCUGCAUCCGUCCCCUUUCCUGGACCUCCGCACGGAUCCUGAUGGUUGCACCAGCUGCUCGGCUGUAAACAGGCUCACAUGACCGGUUUCACAUGGAGCCGGCCGGUGUGGGGACGAAGGCUGGAAAGGCUGGGCCCCAGUCAGGUGGAGCUGAAGUCCUAGAACGGACCGUUUGAUACUCCCUCUCCUGCCCUCCAGCCCUUAAUCAAUGUUCUGCGGUUUCGAAGUAACUGACAUCUGCCCUCUCCGGACCGAAGUUGCAUUUCUGCCCGAGUAGAGUCUAAGAGACCUCACAGCGGGGAGCGAGAGGGCAAAUAAUAAAAACGGUCCCGAUUGUUGACCUCUGAGGGGAAUCAGAGAUGGACGCAGACCUGGAAAAUGGGAUCCUUUGGAUCUUGCCUAAAAAGCAGCCCUGUUCUAUCGGAAUGCAUUGCGUUCUUAAUGUGAAUUCCAGACAGAAGGGGAAAAGUCUACUUUUUCAGCCAGGGCACACCUGGAAUUUAAUACAUUCUUGAUGAUGAAAACCGUGUCCACAUUUCCUUUAAGUGCUUGGAAAUCUGCCUGUAAAAUGCUAUAUACAGGAUACUGACCAGGGAGUGAACACCAACUUUUAGAUUACAUACAUAUUUGAUAGAAAGCAGUGGGAAGUUUGGAAAACAGGAAACGGGGCCAAAAUGUGCCUUUCAAGUUGUUCACGUCUACAUACCCAAACGGCAUACAAGAUCAAACUAGUUUCUGAAGCAUUUCUAGAGCUCUCAAAAAUACCAGGUUUACUCAAAUACCAGGAUGUUGGAAAAUCUGGAGUUUCUCAAAUCUGUAAGGGGUAGUGGUGAUAGAUUCCCUUUACAUGUAAUAUGUAAUUGGAUGUAAUGGACAACAUUCAGUGCAAAGUUACCCCUUUGUAGGCAAAGACAGAAAACAGAACAGAUAGCUUAUAAAAGAAUGCAUGUUUCUCUCCUUGAAUUGUUCAUGCACAUUUUCUUCCCCAAUUUUUAAUUUUUUAAUUUUUUUCGCCUGAAGUUUUGACAUUUAACUCUAGUUUCUGAAAACGAGAAACUACAAGAAAAGCUUCCCCAUCCUCUAAUGGCCCAAUAAAGUAAGUAAUUUGCUACUCUUCAUUUUCUGUUUUUAAAACGUUUAAGAUGGAAAAUAGAGGAAUUUUAAAUGUUGUCUAAAAUUUAAAUGAACCGAUUAUCCAUCCGUGUUGCUCUGAAUCUUGUUUUGCCACCUUGUAGUAUUCUGGAAAAGCUUGCCCUACAAUAAAUAGAUGAAGUGAUUUGCUCUUUGAGGCCCUCUGUUUCCUCAUCUAUAGUAUGAAAGUUUUGUUUUAAUCUCCAGGGUGCCUGAUUGCUCUCAACUUCCAUAAAACAGUGCAGUUUUUGAUCGGGAACUAUUCUUGGACAAAAUAAGUUGGUCAAAUAAGCCAAGAUAUUGAUAUCAGCUGGAAAACAUACAGUACAUAAUGAGAGGUAUCCAGAGUCCUAGUAGAAAUAGGAAUUGUGCUUAAAUUCUCAUUAGGUAAAUUAGCCAUGUGGGUUGUCCCUCUCACCUCUCGAUCAGGAAAUGGAAGAUUUAGCCUCAGCUAAAUCCUGCCUCCAAAGUUAGAAAUAACAGGUACACCCGACUUUCUUGACCUUCCGGGCAUAGUACAAAGUGAUUCUUUCAUUCAUUCCAGCUUCUUCCUGAAUUAAGUGGACUGUGUGAUCAGUGAUGAAGUUAGGAUGAAAAGAAGGCUCUAGCAGGGUCUCACCUCGUCCGUGCCUUGGUUGGUUCGAUCACCGGAACCGAUGCCUAUUUUCAGCUUUUCAGCGCUUGAAAUUUAAUUUUGCCAGCACAUCCAGAAAUUGUCAGUCAGUCUCAAGGAUUGGAUUCACACUAACCAAACUCACAAAAGAUUUUUAUGUUACUAUGAAUGCCAGUUUACUGACUUCCAGUGAGAAGUCAAACUGCCCAGCUGACCGGAAGACUCGUGUGGAAGCCAGGGCACCGUUUGUUUUUGACCCUGGAAACACAGACAUUGUGCUCCACCUCCCCUUUUGCUAGGGACCGCGUGGAACACUUUCAGGAAACGCCUAGUGAGUGGUUGAUACCUCCGGCAAGGCUGCAGCUUUUAUCUAAAAACCAUUUCAGUCACACCUUUGUAUGGAUAUAUCCUCGGCACCUGAUUGAAUCUGGGCCACCCGUAAAAGAUCUCUAAACUCUGUUUCCUCCCCAUUCCUCCUGCCUUCAUCUGGGCCCUCGUCUCUUCAUGUCACAUUUAUUCAAGCGUCGUUUGUAUUUUCCUGUAACUACUCAGGAGUUGGGGGCCGUGCUUGCCCCGGUGGCGGCGGCAACUGGUGUUCCUGCUUGAGAUCUUAUCCAGGCAGUUCUCUGCUCCAAACCCGUCAGAGCAUCUUCUCAUCGCCUGCAGCGUGGUUCUCCAAGCGCCGCCUGCGUCAGAAUCAUCCGGAGGGCUUGUGAAAGCGCAGAUGACCGGGCCCCACCUCCAGAGCUUCUGGGUCAGUAGGUCUAGCUUGGGACCCAAGAAUUUGCCUUGUUAACGAGAUCCCGGGUGAAGCUGCUGCCGGUCCAGUACCACAUGUUGACAACCACGGGCAUCCAGGAUCAAGUCUACACCCCCGAACGUGGCUUACAGGAUUUUUCACCAUCCCUUGCCACUCCCCCAUACAUGCUAUUUUUUAACCACACGCAGUGCCAGAGCUUCAUCUUAAGAGUCCCUUUCGUGCUUCGACACAUGUUCUUCCGGGAACUCACCCCCCUCUCCACUCCCACUGCAAACUCCUAUUUAAGGCACACCGUCACUUUCUUUAGGCCCCUAGAGCUUUUUAAUCCACCAGCAUUUUAACACGGUCACAUGAUACCCUAAUUACUAUGUAUAUCUGGUUUUUGUGCUAGACGGAGUUUUUCGAGGGCGGAGACCAUGUUUCCAUCCUUGCUCCACCUUCCCUAGCACGGUGCCUAGCGUAUAAUAAGUGCUCAGUUAAUGGUCCUUGAAUGACUUUGUGACUCUAAAACGUUGGAGAGUGCCGUAGGUAGCAACAUAGGUAUUUCAUAUAAUGAAGUAAUUAAUGUGGAUUAAUAGGGAUUUCGCUUUGAGAAUUGCACAUACAUCUCGAAAUAACGGAAGAUCUUGAGAUCUUGUAAAACAAAGGUUGGAAAUAACUAGUUUAAGAAAAAUGUGUUUCUUUAAAAAAAUGUGUAUUCAUUUUCAAGAGAGUGUGAGCAGGGGAGGGGCAGGGGUGGGGGGGACAGGGGAUCAGAAGUGGGGUCUUGGCCGACAGCAGCGAGCCCCAUGCGGGGCUUGAACUCGCGAACCACGAGACCAUGACCUGAGCUGAAGUUGGACGCUCAACUGACUAAGCCACCCAGGCGCCCCUAAGAAAAAUAUUUUUAAAAAGAUGCUACUGGAGGGCAUCUUUAUUAUUUUUUUUAAUCUUAAAACAUACACUACUCAACUUUUACAGUGUAUAGACUGUUGUGAAGUCUUUUACUUCGGUAAGACCUCAAAGUAUGUGGAAAACCUAGAAAAUGUGUAAAAACCAAAUAGCCUAAUAUUUGUACAAUGAACCAUUUAACCUAUAGUGAACAGCACAACAGUGCCUGUGAAACACCUGACUUCAGGAAUGUACCAGCCCUUAAAAAUCCUAACAGGCAGUACUGGAAAUUUAAAGAGGAAGAGAGCCGAGUCGAUGAAAUGGGAAGGAAGAAGCGGUUUUAACACUGGCGAGACUAGAGCAAAAGAACUUAUUGCUCUUAACUGUUUAGUAUUUAGCUGGCCACUGGCAGGCCUGCACCAAAUAUGGCAGAAGGAGAUAGUUCCUGUGCCCAGAUAAAAGGGAGCGGGCCCAGGGGUGGAGCCAGAACCCUAAUCAGAGUAAACACGAGAGCCGGAGAGAGGGGGUCGGUAGCUGGUACACUGGAGCCAAGCAGACGGGUCACUUCACUUGUUUCUGGGGAAGUCUGCUUCAGGUUAUCCUUAACCGUUUCAAACCUCAACCCACUUUCUGCACAAGAAUCCCCAAGGGCCACUUACUCCAUUUGAUUUUCUCGCAGCCUCCCGUUUCCCCCCAAAAGGGGGGGGGUGCAAAUGACACUAUGCCUUUAAAGUGGUUUCUGUUUGCAAUCUCCAUUUUGAGUCUGUAGUGGGCAAAGGUUUGGAAAUUCCCACUUCUCUCCGAGUCUUCUCUUUUCCUUCUGGUCAAUCGAAAGGGAGGAAAACAGAAAAAAAAGAAAAAAUCACACUGUGGGGGGUGCCGGUCUCCCUGGACUGAUAGUGGAGAGUGUGUGAGGACUUAUGUGUUUAGACUUUUGUGUGUGUGUGUGUGUGUGUGUGUGUGUGUGUGUGUGAGAGAGAGAGAGAGAGAGAGAGAGAGAGAGAGACAGACAGAGGGAGGGAGAGAGAGUAGUUUACAAACUGGUCACAAGGUGGUGUACAGACAUCGGAUUUUCUUUCAGAUUUUCAUUCAUGGUUGUAUCCCUGUGCCUUUGUACAGAGGAAAAGGACAAGGCCGUUCGUGCAUCGCCAGCUGCCAGCUGCACUGUCUCCCAGUAAGGCUGGGGCUCUUCGGGAACCUAGGCGGCCACUGAGGAGCCAGGGCUGAUGACAAGGGAGAGGGGCAGGAGAGCGGGCGGGAGGUGUGGGGAGAGACAGCUGGGAGCGCGCGUUCUCUGUUCUCUCACCUGAACCCCUGGCAAGCAGCCACCAUAGAUUUACUGCUCCCUUAACUGGGAUCCUUUCCGUCUUUUAUGGAUAAAGUGCGCUCAGCUAUGAGGUACAGGAAUGUUCCUUGAUGGGGGAGACUGUUAUCAGUAGACGCCCGUAGGCAAAGCUGCUAAGUGCCCGAGGUUGGGUCCAUGUAGGAUGCCCCCAAACCCAAACCGACAAAAAACCCACAGAAACACGAUAUGGCAUUAUGCUUGAAGUCUGGGCCGUCAGAAGUAAUCCACACAAAGCCAAUGUCAGGAUAUGCCACGAAUACAGUAAGUACAGUAAAAGAUCACGUGACAAAAUUAGUGAGAUCUGUAUAGAUCAGGGACAUAGAGGGGAGACCACAAAGGGGAAAUCUGAAGUAGGCUUUGAAGAAGGCAGAACAUUUUGGUGUCCAGAGAGGAAGAAUAAAAUGAACCUUGGGUACCCAUGCCCUAGUGAAUAGCUACCGACAGCCGUAACUGUUCUUUCAUAACCCGGAAAAGAACGCGUGCUCAACUUAGUAAGUGAAAUCGGCUCUCAGUUUCUUUGUAAAACUGAAAAGGAAACACACACAUCAGGACUUGAAUUUGGGAUCCUCCUUUUGAGAGCUCUUCUCUCCUGGAAAAGCAGGGAGAUUUUGUAGAGAUGAGGGCACGUGUGACAGUGAGCACACCGGAGGCAGGACUUUGGGAAUGAGACCCAGAGGAGAUGGUUACUGUACAGGGAAGUGUGGGUCUGGAGACCAGAGAUUCGCCACCAGUACCCUGUGCAACCUCGGGUAAGUCCCUUAACUCUCCUGGGCGUGCUCUCCUCUUGGGUCAAAUGAGAAGGGCUGAGAGCUAACGUUCUUUGACUUGGUGUGUCUUUGAUUUGGGGAAAGCGACCUCCUCAACCGAUCUGUAGUGAGGUUUUUACCGGCUUUAGUAUAUCAUCUCUCCCCAGAAUUUUUGCACUUUAUCAUUUUGCGAUAUGGACAGAAGCAAAGAGAAAGCGUUAGUCUCUGGAAAACCAUCAGUUAGAGGCGGGUGUUAGGCUUCAUUAUGUUUGUUGGCAAAGUCUCUAACGUUGCCCUUGGUGACCUGGUGCUAAUUCCUCUCCGGUUUCCAUUGGUUGGAGUUCGGGAGGCAAUUUAUAUCUUAGCCAAGGUACGUGCGAAAUGGGAACGGGGCUACAAAAAAGAAAUAAUAAAGUGCUAAAGCCAACGAAACACUUCUUUCUUUAAUGGUGACUGGGGGAUGGACAGCCUAUUCAUAAUUCAUGGGAAAAGGUGUACGUAUCCAACUCGUAGAGAGAAAGUUUCAAAAUGAGAAGGAUAAGAAUUCUGAGCCAUUAUGGAGAGCUAGCAAAACUUGCACUCCGACGUAUGCCAGUGAACCUCCCCCUAGGGUUAGAAGCAAGAGUUUAGUGCUUGUUCUGUGUGGUUAACUCUGACUUCCCAGUCAGAUUUAUAAAGCGUGUCCUACUCCUGUGUAACAGAACAUUGCACGUUUUCCUCAGGCUGCCAGCCAUCUUAAACCUUUGUUUUUCUCACUGUGAUGUGUUUCUGUUGCAUAUAAAAUUAUUUUAGGGCCUCCUGGAUGGCUCAGUCGGUUGAGCGUCCGACUUCGGCUCAGGUCAUGAUCUCGCAGUCUGUGAGUUCGAGCCUCGCGUCGGGCUCUGUGCUGACAGCUCGGAGCCUGGAGCCUGUUUCAGAUUCUAUGUCUCCCUCUCUCUCUGCCCCUCCCCCGCUCAUGCUCUGUCUCUGUCAAAAAAUAAACAUCAAAAAAAAUUUAAAAAAAUUAUUUUAAAGAAUUGCAGUCGUUGUAUUUAACAGUUGAGGUCUUUCAGUGUUAUUAAAGGAUCAUGAAUUGGAAAAUGCAAUUAACAGAGAUUUGUCACACAUUGUUUCUAAAUUCCUUCUUGAGUUUCAACACUGGCACCUCUUCCGAAUUAGGCCCUGGUAUAGUGGUUGUUUAAUUCGAGUUUUAAUUUAAUUUAAUAUAACUUAAUCUAAUUUUCUUUUAUUUAUUUUUUAUUUUAGGGAGAGAGUGAGCACACUCAGGGCAGAGGGAGGAAGGGACCGAGAGAGAGAGAGAGAGGGACAGAGAGAGGCAGAGAGAGAGAGAGAGAGACAGAGAGAAGGAGAAUGAGAAUGAAUGACUCUCAGGCAGGUUCCAUGCUCAGUGCAGAGCCUGAUGUGGGGCUCAGUCCCGCAAUCCUGGGAUCGUGACCUGAGCUGAAAUCAAGAGUCGGAUGCUUAACCGACUGAGCCACCCAGGCGCCCCCUCAAAUUUUUGUUUUAAACUUUUGAAUAGGUAUUCAAGGGUUCAGAAUUCAAAAGGUACAAAAAGUCAUCCAGAGAAAACUUCCCCUCCAACCCUGUCCCCAGCCACUCAGUUUGUCUCUCCAGGGGCCGCCCUGGCUAUCCUUCCACAGAUACUUGACCCAUGGCCAGGAACUGUCCCUCUACCACACAAGCGGCAGCAUACUGUAUACUCUGCAUCAUGCCUUGCUUUCCCCACCUAACACUACCCUUGAAGAUCAGUCCAUAUCCACACCACACAAAGAGCUUUCUCCUCUUUUUUUAAAAAGUUUUUUUUAAUGUUUAUUUAUUUUUGAGAGACAGAGUGCGAGCAGGGGAGGGGCAGAGAGAGAGGGAGACGCAGAAUCCGAAGCAGGCUCUGGGCUCUGAGCUGUCAGCACAGAACCUGACGUGAGGCUAGAACUCAGGGACCGUGAGAUCACGACCUGAGCCGACGUUGGACGCUUAACCGACUGAGCCACCCAGGCGCCCCAAGAGCUGCCUCUUCUUGACAGAUGCCUCGUAUCCCAAUGAUUGGCUGUAUCAUACUUUAUUUUAUGAAUCCCCUAUUAAUGGACAGUUGGGCUGUUUCCAGUCUUUUACUAUUGACGAUAGCUAGCCCUUAUUGAGUGUUGGGCUUUGUUCUGUGUGCUUCACAUAAAUUAUUUAAUCCUCAGUACUGAGGAUUAAAAAACCUCCACAUGCAUAAUUUCACACAAGAGGAAUAUUUAUGGUGGAUAAAUUCCUAGAAGCAGAGUCUCUAGCACCAAGGACAUGUGCGUUCAUUUUUUACCAGCUAUAGUCAGUGAGCCAGUUUAUAGCCCUGUCAGCAAUGUUAAGAGCGUGCCUGGUUGCUUCCACCAUGUGCUAUCAAACUUUUUAAAAAAUAUUUUUUAAAUGUUUAUUUAUUUAUUUUGAAGGAAAGAGCGAGACAGCAUGUAUGCACGAGCAGGGGAGGGGCAGAGAGAGGGAGAGAGGAUCCCAAGCAGGCUCUGCGCUACCAGCAGCGUGGGAUUGAGCCCCGCAUCGGGGAUCGUGAGAUCGUGACCUGAGCCGAAAUCAAGAGUCAGAUCCUUAACUGACUGAGCUACCCAGGCACCCCUCAAACUUUUUGAUUUUUGCCAAUCUGACAAGUAAUAACAUGUGUUUCAGUAUAGCUUUAGUUUGUAUUUCUCUUGUGAGUGAAGUUACAUGGCCUUUGGUAAGUUUAAAAACAAUUUGUAUCUUUCUUUCUUUCUUUCUUUCUUUCUUUCUUUCUUUCUUUCGAGAGGGCUCAAUUAAGUGAGGGGCAGAGAGAGAAAAGAGGGAGAGACAGAAGCAGGGCUCACCCAAAGUGGGGCUUGUGUUCACCUGACGUGGGACUCGAACUCCUGAAUUAUGAGAUCAUAACCUGAGCUGAAAUCAGAUGCUUAACAGACUGAGCCACCCAGCACCCAGUAUGUCAGUUUCUAUAAAAUAUUGUAGCAUUUGCUCAUUUUUAUAGAGUGCUUUUUCAUAGUGAUUUAUAUUUCCUCUACAUACAGUAGGGGAGUUAGACAUGGCCUGUGAUUGAAAAUGUUCUUUUGGCUUCGCUUAAAAGUUUUCUUGUCUUGCAGUGUUUUAAGAGUUUUUAUAUAGUUGAAUUUAUCAAUAUAUUUUGGUUUCUGGUUGUUAGAAAGCCUCAGAUUAUAUAAAAAAAAAUGACCCAUGGUUUCUGGUGUUUUAUGGUUUUAUUUUUCUACAUUUAAAACUUGGAUCCAUUUGGAAUUUACCCUAAUAAAAUUUUAGAAUUUUACAAGGUGUUAGGAAUAAAUUCAACUAUUUUCCUCCCCCUAGUUGGAUUCCUGGUUUUACCAACAUUUAUCGACUAACCUAUUUUCCAUAAAUCAGAUGCCAUCCCACCUUUUACCAUAAGCGAAAUUCUCAUCCUAACAUAGUUUCAGAAUGAGAUGUUGAAUAUUAUUUAGUGAGGGCAAACUUGUUUGUUCUGUUUCUAAUAGCCAAGCUUACUAAGCAAGUAAUAGAGCUAACUAUUUUCUGUCAAAAACAAUAUGCCAGACUUCUGAGAGCACAUUAUCCAAAUAGAAAUGUGUAUGGCUCUUAGCAGACAGAAAAGUCGUGAAAGAAAAGACAGAAAGUCGUGGCAAAUAAAAACUCAAAAUUAGAAUGAUUUCACCAGAUGUUCUUCAGGAUGAUCUUACUUUUAUUGUACUACAACGGGCAGUUUGGUAGAGUGGAGACGCCGGACUGAGGGCAGGAGGCCUGCUGACUUUAUUGUCUCUGUCUAGUCUCUUCCUCAUCUAAUAACCCCAGCAAACACUUAGAACAUUGCCUGGCCUACAGUAAGUGCUGAAAGCAUUGCAUGUAUUAAUUAAUUCAGUAUGUGUCAUUAAUAAAAAGUUUGUAAUGUGUUAUGAAUUAUACACACAUUAAAUGUUAUUACUGAUAGAAAUGUCAAUAGGCCCUUUCAGCUUGGUCAAAAAAAACCCAAACCCAAAACCAACCCACAGCUGUCAUGAGCUACAUGUGUGCCACAAAGUGUAAGGAUAAGAAGUCAAAUGAUGAUCCGGGAAAGCUGGGAGAUUAUGACCUUCCCAGUGUUGUCCCUCACCUCCACAUUUCUGUGACUUGGCAUAGGCCGUUCCCUAGGUCAGAGAGCCUUUCCUACCUGUGGCCCCCACCCUCCCCCCAGACACAGAAGUAUAUAUCUUUUUUUUCUUUAGGAACUACCUCAAAUGCCGUCCCUCGGCCCCUCUUCCAGGUAGACUAGUUCAGGCAGUCUUGUAAAAGCCUAGCACUUUUAUAUAGAGUGGUAUGCCUCAUGACAGGGGUAGAUUAAAUAUUGUCCCACCAGUUAGACUCGAGUCUUUUGAGGUCAGGGCCCUCUGUGUAUCUCUGCACAGCUCCUGACAUAGUUGCUGGCUUAUAACAGGUGUUCAACUGAAAGGAAAGAAUAAAAACGUGUAUCCAUGAUUACACAGUAUCUUCCUUGAUAAAAGUUAGAAAGGCCUCAGGCAGAAUCAGCACACAGGCCCCUGAUAGCGGGUAAAACCAAACACCUUAAUCUUCUGUUCCGUUUCUCUUUGACUGUGUGGGAACCUGAACACAAAGUAUUAAGUGGUUUAUGGCCUAUUUUAAAGGUAUGCUCUACCGAGUGAAAAAUCAGACAUUUCCCGUGAUCGCAUUGUUCCAGCUUGUGCAUUUUCAAAAGCCAUAUUCUUAGGAUGGUAGCUAAACGGAACGUUGUUGAUUAAAAUUAGCCUGAGAAGUAAACACAGAAACAUCACACACACCAGGCCGUCAGACUUCUGCCAGCCACAACUAUUCAGAACAUCCUCGAGAACCCCAGAAGGAAUCCAAAAGGUCUCUAAGUUGGAAGCAAAUAGUUCUCACGAAGCCUGUGUACUUGACGUAGGAGGGGAGGCACAGUGUCACUUGCGUGCCACAGCCUAUUUACUGACUUUGAAUUUUCAUAGAAGACUCCCAAGGACUCCUUAAUAAGUCUGGAUAUUCAGCUUCCUUUCAAGACAUUUUUGCUUGUCUUGGGUUUUCGGUAGAAAAAAGAUGAAAAGAACUCUUCCACCCAUGCGGCCAGAAAGCACUAACUAAAGCAUGGUUGAAAUGAGUGUGAAAAUUGCCAAAAUGCUUUGGAGUUUUUAACUAACUGACUUAAGAAAAGUCCAAAAUAGAUUUGAGACUGUAAAAACAGAAGCUGCAGCAAGGGGGAUUCAGUGCCAAUGCAUCAACAAAAAAGACAGCCAGAGUUAGUGGAAGGAAAUCUUCCUGUUUUUGUGUUUCCCACGGAGCUAAUAUUUUAUGCAGAUGACCAGUCAACACAUAAGCAAGUGUUGACUCUGUAUAAUCCCUAUGAGUUUGCCUUAAAGUUCAAAGUUUUGUGUACUACUCCAAAUAAGUAUGUUGUCGUCGAUGCUGCAGGUGCAGUCAAGCCUCAGUGUUGUGUGGAUAUUGUGAUUCGUCAUAGAGACGUUCGAUCCUGUCACUAUGGUGUAACGGACAAAUUCCGUCUCCAAGUUUCCGAGCAAAGCCAGAGGAAGGCUUUAGGAAGGAAAGAGGUUGUGGCUACUCUUCUCCCAUCUGCAAAAGAACAACAAAAGGAAGAAGAGGAAAAAAGGAUAAAGGAACAUUUAACUGAAAGUUUAUUUUUUGAGCAGUCCUUUCAACCAGAAAACAGAACUGUCUCUUCAGGACCUAGUUUACUAACUGUCUUCCUGGGAGUGGUGUGCAUUGCGGCUUUGAUGCUUCCUACGCUGGGGGAUGUGGAAUCGCUGGUGCCUCUCUACCUCCACUUAAGUGUGAAUCAAAAAUUAGUGGCUGCUUAUAUCUUAGGUAAGUGUUUGGAGGAUGCAUUUGGGUCCCAUGUGUGGGCUCAGAGGUGGCGGUGGUGCUGACACCUGUUUAAUUUUUUUUUUUUUUUUUUAGAAAAACAGGUAAGAUUGCUUCAAAAGCAUGUGUUGAGGUGUUGAGGUAAUGUGCACUUUAAGAUUUAAUUUUUGGCUUUCACUGAGUUCUUUUUUUUUUGAAGGUCAUUUAUUUAAGUAAUCUCUACACCCAACGUGGGGCUCGAACUCAUGACCCCAAGAUCAGGAGUCGCCCGCUCUUGUGACUGAGCCAGCCAGGUGCCCCUACAAUUAGUUCUUUGUAGCCUAUUGAUCUAGUACCUAAUACUGUAUUCAGUUAUCUUCAUUUUGCUGACUUUCAAUGGUAUAAGACAUGUAAAAGAUGUAAAAUGCAUAUAUUCCACGAUCCAGCAUUUCUACUUCUAGGGAUUGUAGGGAAUCACCUCGACGUAGUGCAUACAGUGACCUAGGUGAACACUGCAGCCUUGUUGAACCUCGUGAGCCUUUCUCUUUAAGCCCGUUCCCAUAUUUCCUGUUAAAUUAUUCUUUCAGCCAUCCUAGCUUGAAAUCUUAUAAUUACCUUAACCGAACAGGUACUCAGUACCUGCCAUGUGUCAGGGAUCAGGGUUCUGGUGAUGACAGACCCUGUCUUCGUAGUCUCCCGGCACCUCUUCUGAGACGCCAAGUCAUCAGUAUUCUUUCAGUGUUCCUUGGAAUGCUCUUUUUUUUUUUUUUUUUUAAUUUUUAAAAAAAUUUUUUAGAGAGUACAGGUGAGCAGCGGGUAGGGCAGGGAGAGAGAGAGAGAAUCCUAGGCAGACUCCAUGCUCAGUAUGGAACCCGGUGCGGGGCUUGAUCCUACAGCCCUGGGAUCGUGACCUGAGCUGAAAUCAAGAGUCGGAUGGACGCUCAGCCGACUGAGUCACCCAGGCGCCCCCUUGUCUCUUUUUUUUUUAAUUGAAAAAUUGUCUUCUAAAUAUGACCCCCUACCUUCUGUCUGUGUCCCUUCUCUUCCUAUUCUCCCCCCACACACACACCCUUGCCCUUUAUUUUCUCCCAAAUGCUCCAUCACAUUGCUGUUAGACCGAUGUCCCUUCUGGUCUGGUUUUACGGACACCACUCCCUACUGAGGAGCCUUCAGUGGUUCCCCAAGUCCAUAGGAAGAAGUAGGAGUCCACAGUUUGGCAUCUAAGGCUCUCCACACUCUGUGACUUCUUUGAGCUAAUCUUGUCUAGCUGAUUCCCUGUAUAAAUCCUGGAUCGGAGCCUGUCGGAUUAUUUAUUGAUUCCCCGAAAAGCUCAUUCUGAGAGUCUGCUCGCUCUUGCCAUCUUCCCUCACCUGAAAUGCCCGCCGAUCGCAUUCUCCUUUAUCAUUCCUGUCAGUCUUUUAGGCUUAUUUCAGCUUUACCUUUUGGGGCACCUUUUCUGACUGCCCUGGUCCUACGCAAUUAUUCUCCUUCUCUGUACUUUUUUUCCUUAGGCCACUUAUUUAGGACUGAGCAUAUUCUUCUGUUAUUACAUUUUUAUGGUUUUACGUAUGGAGUCUCUUCAAAAGAGGCCAAACAGGAAUACUAUGCUUCCGUCUCUUUGUGGUCCUAGAGCCCCGGGAUGGGCUCGGAAUGUGUUUGUCGAUGAAGUUGGCGGGCUUUACUGAUACUUGAAAAUGCUGUGUCUGCUAUGUGACUGGAUAAAGCGGGAGGUAUAUUUGAUGGUUAAAAAAUUAGCUAUGGCCAGACAUUAGUGAUUUAAUUAAAUCUGUCCAGUGACUGCCCAUUGCUAUAAAUUGGAUUUCUUCUGUAUAAUAUCAGCUGUUCACAGACUUUGAAUUCUUGGUAGAGUGCCUGUCCAUGUGCUGUCUUUUAUUUGCUCAUUGGGGCCUAAACAAUUACUUAGUGAAUGGAAGAUUUUGUAAAAUGCACGGCUUUAACUUUUCUUCAAUUUUUUUCUUUCAGGUCUUAUCACAAUGGCCAUACUUAGAACAUGAGCAAGGAAUUCAGUUGACUUCUGAAGUAAAUUUAUCUUGCAAAUAUGAAUGUGGACUGCCUUUUAUCUCUUUCACUCCAUUAACAUGCUACAAACUAUUGAGUGAUUUACAAUAAUUGCAAAUGUAUAAUUGCAAACGUAUAAUAUAUAUUUUAAAUUACUCUAUAAUUUUAUUUGAAGGACUCUAGCACAUUAUGAUACAGACAGCAAGGAUGCCUCAAUUACGCCUAGGAAAUUAUUUGAAAAAAUUCUUUUUAUAUCUAAACCGAUUAUGCAAAAGACUUUAACCAUCUGUUAUUUUCUCAUCUUUUUUUCUAAUUUACUCUGAUUAAGGUCGUAUGUCCUUCACAGUUAAAGGCCUGAAAGAGCAAACUGACCAGCUUAAAUGUAAAAUGACAUUUCCUAACUACAAACAUCAAUGUUCCUAUGUAAAUUAUACCUUGUCCUCUCAUUAUAAACAGUUGCCAUGGUGUUUCUAAAAUAAGUUUCACAGUUAAUGUGUGGAGGGCACCAAGAGAAAAAGCAUAAAGUGCUGAGGGAUCAUGCUUAUCCUAUCCUAGGAUCUCACAGGAGACCAGACAUACUUCAUUCAUCUGGUGAACUACAGCACAGGUUGUGGUCCAGACACAAAGCAUGUGGGGGUUUUUUGCAACCCUCAGAAUUAGGGUGACUUCUCUAUUUGGCCUAAGAAGUCUAAAGGAAGGUAGGCAUUUGUUUAGUUAAUUGGUUCACCCUGGCUUUACCUCUGGAUAAUGCUUUCUGUCAACAGGAGGAAAAAAAUCACUUUAUCAUUUCUUCCUAGCCCUUUGCCUGACUGUAAGCAACUAGCCCGGUCUGGGGUUAUCAGAUGCCGGGUGGUUUACACGGAGAUGUUUUUCACCUUUAAACUCCAAGCCAAGUAUACAAAAUCCUUGAUACGUGUCUAUUUUAUAACAGUCACGGAGAUAUUUUUUAAGUUUGUAUUUAUUAAAACAACUUUACCAAAAAAAA